GUACGUGACUUAAUUUCUGCUGUGCCAGCACCUGGUAAAAUAAAAACAGAGAAACUAGAGAAAGCCCGGCGCUCAAAGAGAAUCAAUGGCUACUAGAAGAUCCAGACAAGUUCCUUUCUAUGGUUGGGUCUGCGAGUAUUGUCUUGAAGUCAGCCCCUGGAACACACAACUCCUGACCACAGAAUGUUCAUGCCCUGUGGUAGUGCCUGUAGAAGUGGCUAUCAAUGAUGAGGAAGUGUUGGAGCGAAUACGACCAUUGCCCAGGAGCUUACCCUCAGGGAGGUUCAUCUUGUGUAAGAAUGGGGACGGGUCGUGUUAUCGUGGGAACCACUGUACGUAUGCUCACAGCAAGGCGGAGCAAGAGGCCUGGAACGCUCAGUUAGACACUGAAGGUGUCAGCAAGAUAGGAAGUCCCAUCAAAGUCCUCCCAUCGCCACGGAAGCAGAAGGUCCCUACACAGGAAGAGUUCCCUGUCCUCAGUCCCAUCUCUCCCUUCACACCCACUACCGCUCUGUCUGGCUUUUCAUACGCACAAGCUAUGCGACCAAGGAGACAGGCUCCUCCUUUCAGGCAACAAAUCAGACCACAGCAACAACAGUUCCCACCGUUUGAAGUUCAGCGACAACUUCACAAUCAGCAAAACAGACCUGUUUUCAGUAAUCCUCAACAUAUACUUCAUCAACAGUUUGGUAUGCCUCGACCCCCUCCCAUGAUUCCUACCCCCCACAGUCAUUACAAGCCCCCAUACGGACAUCCACAGGUUGCCCAUCCUGGUGGUCAGCCACAGAGACCCCCUCUCUACCACUACCCCCCUCCAGCCGCUAUCUCCAUGCCAACAAUUAAUACUGGUCACAAUGUAUAUGCUCCACAACAGCAGCAGUCUGAGGAAUGGCCAUCAAUGUCACCACCCUCCACUAAACAUGUCCAGCCACGCCUACGUCUCCCGCCCCCUCUCCCCAGUCCAGUGACCCCCCAUUCGUCCAGUAGGGGGGGUACACACCUACGUCUCCCGCCCCCCCUUCCCAGUCCAGAGACCCCCCAAUCGUCCAGUAGGGGGGGUAAUCCUGACGUUAUACAUGCCCCCUUGUCUACGAAGAACUAUAAGAGCAAGUUCACUGAACUGCUCAAACUGGAGGAAAUUGAGCAUAAGAAAGUGCUGGAAGAAAAAUGCAAUGGAGAAUAUGAUUUGUUUCUCUACCAGUACGGGACUAAACCACCAGCUCUGAGACGACCACCCGAUGUUCAAUAUCGUCGCUAUGGCUACCUGGAAGACAUCAGCGGAGACCAAGUGGCAUAUGCAACACAAGCCAGUCAAGGCUCGAUUUAUAUUCACAACCUCGGCCAAGUGAAUAUCUGUAAAGCUGAUAUCCUUCGAGACAACUACAGCCAUACUGAGGAGAAGCUGUAUAUUGGCUUUGAAGCCCAAGAGGAGCAGAAAUUACAGCAUGGAUUUCCAGCAGCGGGAAGCAGGAAUCUUACACGAAUAAGUGUUGUUGUGAAGUUCAUGUUAAAGCAUUCGUAUUUCCGAAAUCUCAAGUCUUGUGUAUCGAAAGCAGCCGUACAUAUUAUCCAGAAAAUUGUGCCUACUCCUCGUACGUUCAGCCAAGAGCCAGUUGAUAUUCGAAUCGAUCUUAAGCCUUUUGAAAGCCUCUGUUCUCCUGAUCAGCUUGCUGCAUUAGAAUCCAUUCUAACCUGCUCCCCCCGAGGUCCCCCUAAUAUAAUCGUAGGGCCAUUUGGUACGGGAAAGACACGUAUCCUAGCAAUGGCUGCCAGCUGCUUCUUUACUGAAGCUCGUAUCAAACAGCAACCUGCUCGUAUUCUAGUGUGCACUCAACAGCGAGAGUCUGUGGAUAAUUUCUAUGACCACUAUCAAAAUUUGAUGACUGGCAAAGAGGAUGAUGUUGAAGUGAUUAUUCUGAGGGAUCGUGGCUUCAAGCAUAUCGGGACAGAAGAAAAGAAUGUCUACAAAACGAUUCAAAGCUUUCUUUCUUACCAAAGAUUUCUCAACGUGCAACAAAAUCAUCUUGUGAUGUCAACAUGCAUGAUGGUACGUGAGCUGGUUAGAGAUCUUGGUGAUCGAUUCUUCACUCAUAUUCUGAUUGAUGAGGGGGCCCAGAUGCGGGAGCCUGAGGCUAUUGCCCCCCUCUCUCUGGCUAAUCCUGAUACGACCAAGAUUGUGAUCGCUGGAGAUCAGCAUCAGGUUGGUCCAGCGAUGCUUGUGUUUGGAGAGGUCCCAUCAUCGUGUGGUCUUGCUACUUCGUUACUAGAGCGACUACAUUUCUCGUACAAGCGACUCCGACAAGAAUCCUACAUCUCCACGCUUGUAACCAACUAUCGAUCUCAUCCGGACAUAUUUGAGCUCCCGUCGUCCCUAUUUUACGAUACCCCCCUGAUAUCACCGUCUGAUCGUGACCCCCCAUCUCUACACCCCCUGUACCCCUACCCCCUCGUGUUUGUGUGCUCCAAUAUAGAUCAGGAUAUUACGCAAGUGGACGACAAUGUGAAUGAAGCUGAGGCGAGUAUCCUGCUGGAUGAGGUGAACAAGUUUGCCAAGAGUUGGCCUACCGCUAGCUGGGGGCCUGUGGACCUCUCUCAAGCUUGCAUCAUGAGUCCAUCAAGACCACAGCUAACGACAGCCAACCAACUGAUUUUUGAGAAAAGAUUGUCUGGCAAACUGAAGACUGUACGGAGACUACCCACGUAUGACAUGCAAGGUAGGGAGUUCCGAGCUCUGUUCCUAAGCACCUCUGAGCCGACCCACUCUGAUGCCUCAACCUGUAACCCCACUAAGAGCCUCUGCGAUAGACACAUAUUCAACACAGCUCUCACUCGAGCCCAAUCACUCGUUGUUGCCAUUGGUAACCCUUUCCUACUACUCAAGACGGAGCAAACCAUGAUGGAGAAAUACGGAAAGAAAGGAAAAGUUUGGAGUAACUAUCUCAAGAGAUGUCUCGAGCACGGUUCUUUUUUUAUCCCUCCAUCUUUAAACGUGACCAAAAAGAAAGCGAAAUCUAUUAAGUCGAAGCUCAGAGCACUUGUGCUUGAACGUACACAUGAAGAGGACUCUACCUCUGAUAGUGAAGCUGCUGGUAUGCCCAAUGAAGAUGAUUUCCCUCUACUAGUUUCGCCACCAGCCACUACACCAACGAAUAGAGUGCAUAAUCCGCCCACGCCCUCCAUAUAUGAAAACCAAGUAGAGCACUAUCCUCAAUCUGCCCCUCCUUCUCAGAUAUCUCAAACCACUCAGAUUGGGCACAGCUUUCAAAAUCAACAGUCGACAGCUUUCACUCAAGUUGUUCCUAGUACACCGAACAGUGCACCUCCAAUGCAGCAAAGCAAUCAAGAUCUGGACGAAAUACAACGAUUAUUUCCAGCCCUUUUUGGAAGCUCUACACCAAGCCAACAGCAUUCCUCACAAGCACCAGCUCAGGUCUAUAAAAUGGCAGCUUCUUCUCAGCUAACACAGCCAAUGACAACGGUUUAUUCAGAGCAAUUGCCGUCUACACCGACAGUACCUACCGUAUCUCAAUAUCUCCAUGGCGAGGAACUCCAUCCACCGGCCUCUCAAAUGGAUAGUCCACGAAGCGAUUGUCCUGCUCAACCAGUACAGUUGGGGAGUGUUGUUCCACGAAGCGAUCAUCCUUCUGAACCAGUACAGUCAGUGAGUGUUGUUCCACAAAGCGAUCAUCCUUCUCAACCAGUACAGUCGGUGAGUGUUGUUCCACGAAGCGAUCAUCCUUCUCAACCAGUACAGUCGGUGAGUGUUGUUCUACGAAGCAAUCAUCCUGCUCAACCUGUUUCAGUCCGCUCACUGCCAGCAGCUGUACCACAAGGUCACUCAGAGAGUAAACUAAACCAAGAAGCCGCACCUCCUCAGCAACCACCGCCUUCUCACCAGUCGUAUAGUUCUGUAAUGAAAACACCACCGAUGUUGCGCUCGCCUCAAGCAAACAAUGCCUCGUCAACAAAUGAAAACGGACAAAAUGUAACAUCUCAGAGAAAACGAAAACAACGUUUGUACUCAGACACCGAUAGCGAAGUUGUGGCUAUUUUUAAUUUCACGCCCCCCUCGUCUGGUGUGUGGAGCGGAGGGGAGAUGAGAGUGUCCCCGGUUCGGGAAUUGACAGAUGGUCACCUGAAUGGAAUGGAGACAAGACUUGAUCAUCGAGGUGUGUUUGCAGCGGUCGGCUCUGAUUCGAUUUGUUUUACAGGCUCUAUUAGCAAUGAUACUCAUAGAAGGACGCCCACACCACCUCCACAAGGUGACAUGAUUGAACAAUCUGUUUCAUUGGCUUCAGACAGCACAUCAAAGAGAGCCAUUGUUGCUACACCUAAAGAUAUCACUCCUGAGUGCAGACUGGAUGACUACGAAGUGAAGAACCUGAUAGGCAGUGGUGGUGUCGGUGUGUUGUUCCAUGUGUAUCGUGCCAAGGAGGACUACGCUCUGAGAGCACUCAGACUCUCUGACAAUCCUAAGGAGCAAGAGGCAGUACUACGGGAAGUGAAGGGGUUGGUGACACUGCAGAACCACCCCAACAUUGUACGCUACCACACCCCCUGGACGGAGAGAGCUAAUGAAGGGUGUGACGAGAAAUGGGUGUGGUCAGUGCUCAAGAGCAAUCAUUCUAUUGAGAGCUCUGGCCCUCUCCCAACGUUCCUGUUCAUCCCCACGGAGCUCUGUAGGACAGACACACUCCACACCUGGUUACUAGAGCACUGCGAGGAGAAGAGUAGGAAGAAGAGUCAAGUACUCGACUUCUUCAAACAGAUCUUGGAGGCACUGGUGUACAUUCAUGGGGAGGGCUUCGUACAUCGAGACCUGAACCCGUCAAACGUGUUUUUCUCUCGUGGUGAUGGACGUCUCAAACUUGGCGGCUUUGGUCUCACAACAAAUGGACUGGUGAUGUCACAGGAAGGUCUUGGGACGGAUGGAGCGGAGACGUUCCUGUACCAGAGUCCAGAGCAGGCAAUGGAGGGGAGAGGGGACAAGGAGUCGGACAUGUUUGCUCUUGGGGUCAUCUUAUUUGAGUUCUUUUAUUUCUUCAAGACUGAGAAAAGAUACAAAGUGCUCACAGCUCUGCGCAGCCAGCUCGAGUUCCCUGCCCAGUUCACAGAGAGACUACCUAACGAGGUGGUGAGCAUUGUGAGAUUGCUACUGGCGACAGACCCGACCAAGAGGCCUACAGCUCUGGAGAUGACGACACUCAAGACUCUUCAGAGUCUCGAGAAGAAAGUGAGAAAGUCCAAGAGAGAGUACAUUCCUGUAUUCUAGUCUGAACAUUGUUUUUUGUGUUCAAUUCAUUUAUCCAUUGUCAUUGGAAGUCAAGUAUUUUAUUCAGAGAUUAUAUCUCUCUAGCUAGCUACAUUGUUGUGUUGUGUUCAUUUAUUAUCCCCUGUUUUUAUCUCCUUGUUACUGCUACAGCUAUCAGUUCUUAUGCUUCCAUUACGUACAUGCUUCAUAAUUCUCCAACAAUAGAUAAACAGGACUGGUGUAUAGAAAGUAAAACAUUUGACUCAAUUUGUUGUGUUCAAUUACCUCCCACACUAGCUGUACAUUAUGGUGUAACCUUCCA